CAUCAUAACCAAGGUGAAGACUCAACGUGAAGGACUGAGCAUUAUGAAGGACUGGGUUUACUGGAUGGAUGUUUUUGAUUUGGAUUUCUGUGGGAUUUCAUUCCAACUUUUAAUGGAUCAUGUAUAUAAAUAAGAGCAGAAAACGAUAACCAGUUUACAUUUUGAGGAAAAGAUUUGCGCACCGGUAGCACCAUGCCAGUCACGUUUGGAGAACUUAGCACCCUCACCACUCCUCUUUCUGUGGUACGUCUCUGCGCUUUGCUCUUCAGCUGCCUCACUUUCAGCCUGGCCUCCUAUUCUCCCCAAGGCAAUGAAUCCAGUUCUGUAAUCCGUACCACUUUUAUCAGCUUCUGCAAGGUUACAUGGUGCCUCUUCUUUGUCCUAACCUUCCUUGUUAUGGUCAUCCAUUUCAUCCAGUUCCACAACUUGUUACCCCUUUCCUGGAAGAACCUCACGGCCACUAUAGCAGCACUUGGUGCACUCAUGACAUUUUUUGCCUCCUUCGCCUUCACAUGGACCUUAGUGAAUCAUCACUCUGGAACGUCUUAUCCUAAAGGCAUAGCAGCUGCUGUGGGCUCUUAUCUCACCUCUCUGGCUUAUAGUGAGGAGCUCCAUUUAAUUCGCUCACAGAGCAAUGGUCAGCAGCGAGGCUACAUGGCAACCGUUCCUGGAAUUCUCAAGGUCUUGCAGGUCUUCGGAGGAUGCGUUGCGCUAGUGCUGCUGCUCAUCAUCGAACCCCACAAUCAAUGGAGGAUCUACGUGUCAACUGUAACCUACAGCAUGUGCCUGCUUCCGACUGUAGGCACAGUUCUGGUGAUGGUAAUGGAUUGUGCAGCUCGCAGCCCCGUGCCUUUUGACCGCCUCCUUGCCAGCUUCAGUUUGCUGGGAGUGAUCAUGUACACAGUCAACACGGUCAUUUGCUUCACGCAAGCUCUCGAGCAACACAAUACAAAUCAAGACGUUGUUAUAAUGAGCGAGACAGUGAUAGCAUGCCUCACUUUGCUGGCCUACACGGUGGACCUGGCUUUCUCUGUUAAACUCCUGUGUGACCGAAAUUAAGGAGGGACACCAAACGGUGGAGGACAUGGUUUGUUAAUUAAAGCAUGGGUGAUGUUUUUCAUAAUUCACUAUUAUUUAAAUAACACAAGCUUGUGUGUUUUGGUUAUUAUGAUAAAUUAUCAUAAUAUCAAAUAUGGCUAUUUCCAUGCUGUAUUCUGAGAAAUACUAUUUUGAAUAAAUACACAUGCUGUACAUUAUACAUUGCCUGUCAGAUAAUUUUAAUCACAACACGAGUUUUAGCUUUAGGCCUAGAUUUUUUUUUUAAAAUAAACUGGAAGCUUAAAUCACUUUAAUUACUGCUUUAAUAAAUUUGUGAAGUAUAAACCUGUUAAGACUAACAAUGGGAAUGAUGUAUAAGACAAAUAUAUGUGUGCUACAAAUGGCUUAUAAAAUUAAUUAGUGUCUUGGCCUGUUCCUGUUUGAUCUGGAUUGUUUCCAAUGAAAGUAGUCACUUUUUUAACAUUGGUACCACGUUAAAUUUCCGUUACCAUUUCCAAAUUUGAUUACUAAUAAAUCGAUAUUAAUGGUGAUGUCAUAAUUAGGUCAUUAAAUCAAAUAAGAACUGUUUUAAAAUGUAAAAGUUUGGAUCCAAUUAAGCUGAUUGUCUAGAGAAAACAUGUUCAUCUGUUUGUGUGCUGUGGAAAAGCUGAAGCAGAAAACUUCAGAGAAAACUGUAAAAUAAAGACUUUUUGUAUAAAAUGUUUAGUAAAAUGUUCUGAUAUAGUUCUGAA